GCCAGAGCUCAGCCUCCCGCCCCCUUCAGCGCUUGGGUCUUUGGGGUGACACAAAAAGCUCCCGUUCGGUGACCAGCGCCUGGCGGAGGGUGUCCAAUCCAGGACGCCGAGGGUGGCGGGGCGGAUGGAAGGCGCCGCCUGAAGCCAAGGGAAGGACGGGCCGGGAGCUGGGCUGCGGGAGGAGACGCCGCCACUCUGCCCGCGCCGCCCCGCAACCCGCGGCGGGAGAAGCCGGCGGCAGGCGGCCCCCAACGCGCGUCUGGCAGAGCGUGGCAGGCAGCGCCGACUCUCGGGAUGCUGCCCAUGGUUCCCAUGCUGCUGCGGCCACAGCCAGCAUAGCAGAGUCGGAGCCGGCGGCCGAGAGAGGCUGAACAAAGCUGGGUCCCAGUCGCGCUUCCUGCUUGUCAGCCUCUUGCUUCCCCAAUGCAUAUGCUUUCCACUUGAUGUCAUCACGCAGACAGGGGUGAAAGGGACGCACGACAGAUCCAGAUUGGGAAGCUGGUAUUACAGAUGUGACUGCCAGUUCCAGCUUCUGAGAUUUCUCAUGGGUGUGGGAAUCUGAAGUGAGGCUGCCAGGCAGAAAUUAGCACAUGCAUGAAUGCUAGAUGCCUGUGAGCUUGCUGCUCUCCUGGAGAAGACUGGUGCUGAGUGGUGACCUUUGAGAAACAGCUCUUUGACCUUCUUGCUGGCCCUGCCCUUUGGCUCUUGGUCCACGAUGGAGACGCUCUCCCAGGAUUCCCUGCUGGAAUGUCAGAUCUGUUUUAAUUAUUACAGCCCGCGACGAAGGCCCAAGUUGUUGGAUUGCAAGCACACUUGCUGCUCGGUGUGCCUCCAGCAGAUGAGGACCAGCCAGAAAGAUGUAAGGUGCCCCUGGUGCCGUGGCAUCACCAAGUUACCCCCAGGCUUCUCUGUAUCACAGCUGCCCGAUGACCCCGAGGUCCUGGCCGUCAUCGCCAUACCGCACACUUCUGAGCACACCCCAGUCUUCAUCAAACUUCCAAGCAAUGGGUGCUACAUGCUGCCCCUGCCCAUCUCUAAGGAGCGCACGCUCCUGCCAGGAGACAUGGGCUGCCGUCUGCUGCCAGGGAGCCAGCAGAAGUCCCUCACCGUGGUGACCAUUCCUGCAGAACAGCAGCCCCUGCAGGGUGGAGCUCCCCAAGAGGCUGUGGAGGAGGAGCCUGACAGGCGGGGUGUGGUGAAGAGUUCCACAUGGUCUGGCGUGUGCACUGUCAUCUUGGUGGCCUGUGUCUUGGUCUUCCUCCUGGGCAUUGUGCUACACAACAUGUCUUGCAUCUCCAAGCGCUUCACUGUGAUAUCCUGUGGUUGAAGUCUGUCACGGGGAUGCCUCUUGUGGGUACCAACUUAAGGGGUGAGCAGGUGUUGGUGAUGGGAUCCCUGUGAUGAGAUGGGGGUGACACUGACCAUUUGGUGCAAGCGCUGGCCUCUGAUUGGCCACUUGAUUCACCUGCAGACAAGAGCAGAGGGUGAGGUCUCAGCGAGAUCCCAGGAGAACUGUUUGGAGAUGGUGAAAGCUGUGAAGAUGCGUGCAUGCUUCCUCAUAAUUGUGUAUUCGAUGGGGUGUAAUUUAUGAUUUUCCAAAAUUAUUUCCCCAAUUUAGGCUAUUCUACUUAGACAUGAAACUGUACCUGUGGGUGUGAUGAGCUCUCUCAAUACGGUAGAUGGUAGGCUAAAUCAGAUGCUAUGUGUGGCAAAUAGAAUUAAACCUCAAAUUCAUAUUAAAAGAAAAACAGUCUAGUGAAGACAAAGAGCUGGUGUGCAAGUAUGUGUGUGUGCCUGCAGCCUGGUCUUCCUAACACUUUGAUAAAUUUUGUAUGGGACCCAAAUCAAAAUAUCCAAAACAGACGUUUUGGUUGUCUGAAGAAAGUGUUUGAACACGUGUCUCCAGUGUGUUGGAUAUUGUCAUGUUCCUUCAUUUCUCUUCCUUUGUGACUGAGCUUGCUCUGUGUUUGAGGAGCUGGAAGCCCAAUGGGUGAGUGGCAAACUGGGAAAGAAGGGAAAAUGCCUAAUUCCCCAGGAAACCUUUCUGCCAAUUUUUCUCAAGCCAUCUCACAAAAUAAGAAUUUAAAAUGUAAAUAUUGUGAAUCUGUGUGUGUAUUUUGUGUGUACAAAUUGAUUUACCUCAGAUGUUUGAGUUUUUCCUGAAGAAUCCUUGGGGGAAGACUGUGGGCAAGUAUAAGCCACGUUUCUAAAACACUGGCCUCCUCGCCAGUGCCUAGAUCUUCUCCUUCGAGAGUCUGCCACACAUCCCCUGCAGCACCCACUGGCUGCUGUGCUGUGUGAGAUCCUGCCAGGAAGACAUGGGUGGGGAUUGUCAGGAGAACUCGUUAUUUCCCCCAGUUUGGAGAUUUUUGUGUGAAAUCCCCAAGUGUUGCUAAUUAAUGCCACACCUAGAUGGGCAUUUUCACAGACCGUCCUUGGUGGUCAUUUUUUAAGAUGUUCCUUUAAGAGUUAAUCUGUCUAGUAUUGCAAUUUCAUCUUGUUGGAAUCAGCAAGAAAUUGUUCUGUGUUUCAAAACGUCUCUACUGACAGAAGUGGCAUGAUAAAGAAAAGCUCGUGUUCCCUGUGUAAGCGGACAGGUUUCUCAUGAGUGCGCAACUGUCUGGAAAUGUGAAAUCAUGAGAUAAGACUAGUUAGACUGAAAGGGUCAGUCUCUGUCCCUUGCUGUGUGUGUAUACAGAAAGAGCUGUGGGCUCUACAGUCUUCUUGGAAUGCCUUUUCUGGAACUAGGAAGCUAUUGGUAUUGUCAAAGAAGCUUUGCUGUUCUUUGAAAUCCCUGAAAUGGUGGGAAGGAUGGGAAAGGCAAUGGAAAGGUAAGCAUUGACCGGAGGCCUCUAAAAAGCAAAAUCAGGAACCAUCUGUAAGAUGGAGGCAGCAUAUUUGCAUGCUAGCCUUCGUCUCCAAACAGUACAAAGAUGUAUACUAAAGUGAUGGCGUUGCUAUGGGGAAACCCAAAAGAAUACUAGCUAGAAUGCAAAGCUAGCAAUUGGCAUGAACGUUCACCAUCAAAUUACGAGCUCUGGUUUUUUAAAUCCUUCACAUUUGUAAGACCUUUAAAAAUGUAUUUGAGGGCUCAAACUAGAAAUUAGGUUAAAAUCCCAUUUUAUUGUGUAAGCUAUUGGGCAUUAUACAACAAAUAAUCUAGGAUUUAUUUGGUAUUAAUAAUUUAGGUAUCAUAUUAUCUAAAUACUGUCCUCUAUUAUGUAACAUAAUAUACUGUUGGGGUAGUGUCAGUUGCUCAAACUCCCAGGCUGCUGGAAUGCAUGCCUGACCUAAUUUUGAUUUCUCUCGGACGGGGAAAACACACAUAGACAGAGAUGUUGCAUGAAGGAUGUUACGUUUCCAAGGAACUUCAACCCUUGCAAUUUUAAGACAAAGCAUAUUUAAAUUAAUGUGUGAGAGAUAUCUGCAUACCUUUCUACAGUAGAAAAUGGCUGAUCCCUAGUGCAGUGUGUGAUAGGGUUCUAGCUGUUUAGGGCGCUAUUUAUAGAAUAAUGUGUGUGCAUAUGGUGUUCUGUGUUUUCACAGCAAAGCGGUAUAGUAAAAAGUCCAUUUUACUUAAAAACAGUGCACACUAGACACUGGAGCUUCAAUGAAACAAAAUCAGUUGCUCCUUGGUAGAUUUUUGACCUCCAGCCUGGCAGUAACAGCCAAGUGAGGGCUUGUGGAUGUGUGCUUCUAAGAAACAUUGAAAACUGUUGAAAUGAAUUCUGCCUAGAGUUUGCAUAUGUGCUUGUUAGGAGGUGUGUGUGUGUGUGUGUCAGAGGAGAGAGAGAGAGAGAGAGAGAGAGAGAGAGAGAGAGAGAGAGAGAAGCCUGACAGUUUCUAUAUACUUGAGGUCUCAGCUUCUUCUGGAUUUUCCCCACAUCAUUAAAAACCUAUCUACCCCAUGUGACACAAGCAUCCAGGACUUAGAGUCACAUGUCAAUGGCAAGAACAGAAGAUACAGCUGAAAGGAGCCUCCAGUGACUUCAUCUUGUCGAUGAGCUCAUGGCGGAGUGGGGUGGGAGUGGAGAUGAGUGUGCAGGUUGUAAUUUUGCAGCUAGAGGAUGAGACCUGUGCACUGCUGUGCCCUAGGCACGUCAGCUUCUCUGCCAGGCUAUGAUUCUUCACAGGGUCUAUGAAUACCCUUUGCUUUGUCAGGUAGUGCUUUAAGGAUUGUUUAGAGAUUAAUUUCUCUUUAGGUAACUUCCUCUCUGAAAAGGAGGGUUGAUUUAGGGAUGAAUCUGAAUAUUGGAAGAAAACUUCUGAACUGUGUAAUUUGAAUAUUUAGAAAUGUCAAACAUUGGCCAGGACCCUAUCCCCAUAUGCCAAGGACAAUGAAUGUUGUGUAAAUAGUAACUUAUAAGAAGCAUGAAUUUCCUCUUUAUUAAUGAUCUUGACAUAAGCAAGAGAAUGCUUACUACGUUAAGUAGAGCCAAGUAUGCCAGCUCAUAUGUUGUCUUUCGAAAAUCUUUGUAUAAUGACAUGGGACAUAAAUUGUAAUGACAAGGGCAAAUUGUCUUUGAGUUUCAAUUUAAGGUAUCUUCUUUAGACAUAUAAUUAGAGUUCACCCCUCGCAUGACUCAUAGAGUGGGCCUCUUGGAGUGGCAGCUGGGUGUUGCUACAGCUCCUGGACUUUUCUAGGUCAGUGCUGUUGGACAGAGGAAAUUGCUCUGUAAUCUGUGCACUAGUCCCAUGGCUGUUGGGCAACCGAGUGGCAAUGACUGAAGAAGUGGCGUUUAUAUGGUAUUUAAUUUUAAGUAACUUAAAAUUAAACAUUCCUGUAUGGUUAUGGCUACCACAUUGACCAUGAUGACAUCCAAAGGCUUACAAAGUAGCAGCAAAACCAAGAGAGAGUGUGCAGUUUCCGAAGGAAAUUCCUUUGCAAGUUUAGAGAAGUUUAUGAGCUCUGGGGGUUGAGCGAGAUAAUAUAAUCUCACCCAUUGUCAUUUGGGGUUAUUAUUUAGAUACUUAGGACCAAGGAAUGAGCAGCGAAGCUUAAAUCGGGCUUUAUGAAGCCCCUUUUCUGGGACCAUUAGCUGCAUGUGACUCUGCUGCCCAGAGUUCCUAACUAGAUCGUAGCUGUAACAUUUUUGACUUGCAAGUUGUGCAUGACCUGUGCUCUGAAACUGUGUUUAGGGUCUCGUGGACAAAAGGAGUCAAUGUUACAGAAAAUCAAAUAAAUAAGAAUCUGACCAAAUCCCUGCUCCCUUCUGAUCUCUUUCCCGACUUCAUCACCGUAUCAGUGAGGUGGGAAAUCUGAGAGCAAGCAUGCUUUGUAGCGUUCAGGGUGUUUGUGAUUGUCCUUGAAGUCAGCCAGUUUGUCAUUGUAUUUGGUGUGGCCAUAUGUGGGUGUAAUUUUCUGGAUGCCAGGCUAAAAUGGAGGCACUAUUUUUAGGCUGAGAAGUGACAUUGUCUCAGUGUCUCUCUUUUUAAAUUUAGUUGUCAUUAGAAGGUUUGAAACUUUGCACAAAGGCACUUUUACAUUUUUCAUAGUUAAAAAGGAAAACAAACAUGGCCCAGUGGAAUUUAAAAACUGGAAGGUUACUACAGCUGCUCUGUAGAAUUGCUUUUAAGUGAGUAAGGGGAGCAGAAAAUUGAGCUUGAGAUACAUGCUUCUGUGUAAAGAUCAGACUGUGGCUGAUAGGCUAGACUUUAUUCAUGCUUAGAUUUGACUUAAAGUGUUCCCGUGCCUUCAUCAGAAAAUUUGUGUUAUGUCAAAAUUGCCUAGCCUGCCUCUUCAUUGCUCUCCCAAUGUGUGAAACCAAGUGUGUUUGCUUCAGUGCAGCAGGGUUGGGCUGGGUUUCUAGUGCUGCAGCAUUUGGUAGGGAAGACAACUCCUUGGGGCUCAUCUUUUUGUAUCUAAUGUUGGCCGAAUGGUAUUUUCUUAAGUCUGUUGGAAAUUAGGAGGGCAGAGGGUAUCUGUAUGCUAUGGGUUAUACCCACACAACUACAGUGCUCUUUCUGAAAAGAAUGAUGCUGUGGACCAGGCAGGAUUUUAUAACUACACCAGGCUUCCAGCCCACACCCUGAACCUUCAUGAAGAAGUUGCUUCUUGACAUCUCCACCACACUCAGUGAAACAUUCAAGGCGAUCUUCACCCAGACAGAAGCUACAGGCAACAAUGAGACACAAGGGAUACUUUACUCAAGGUGUUUAUUUGAAGGAGAUAGUUGCUGGAUCUUUUUCAACCUGAAACUCUUGAAAAAUAAGUGGAAAUUCAAGCCAUUUUUUUUCUGACACAAUUGACUUACUAUAUACCCUACUAUACACACACACACACACACACACACACACACAAUUUAGCUAUAAUUGGAGGUAAAAAUAACAUAGAGAAAAUUAUCAAUACUAUUUUUUCAUUCAUGGAUCUCAAAAUUCUGAAUUUAUAUGUUAAUCUUUAAACAGCUGCUAUGAUCUCCAUAUACUGUGUCAAACCAAUUGUCUUGGGGAGUGUCUUAAGACUGUUCCAUAUGUACAGAGGUGGGUAAUUCCACAACAUCACUGGAAAGCCAAUUAUGACUGAGGCGCUGAGCAGAUGAGGCAUUUAAUCUUUUAAUUCUGACUUGUAAAAAGCUUGUCUUUUUUCUUUUUUAAUCCCUGUUAUGUGUCAAGAUUGUAAACCACUGUCCCCGAACUCCUCCAGUGUGACUCAGUUUCUCUGCAUGCUUCCUUGCUUGCUCUGCACGGUCUUUUGAUUUUUUCCGUACUCACUGCCUGGGGUGUCCCCAUGUGUGGCUCUCACCCUGUAGUGGUGCUUGAAAAUGCUGAUUUAAUUAUCUGGAUUUUAAUGUAAGAAAGUUUUGGGUUUUUUAAUAUUCAUGUUAUGUUUUCAGGGACAAUCAGUUAUUAGGACAUCACUGAGGCCUCCUGAGAGCCCCACCAGCAGGGCUAUCCCUUUGUUCUUUACAAUCACAGCCUGCAUCUUUCCAGGAUCACUAGGGAGGGUUGCAGCCCACAGGACAGUCUCUUAUCAUCUUCCUGGCCAGCUAUUCACUGUGUUAUUCUAACAGGAGCUUUCUAAUGGGACUGUUCCGUCUUUAAUUUAAACAUUUGCUUUUUGAUAAUCCAGUAGAAAAUGGUUAGAUAUGUCGGUGGCAAAGAAAUGUGGAGUAGAAAGAGAAAAGAAACAGAUGUGACAAAUAAGUCCUUCAGGGGACAAAUUGGUAUCUAUGAACUGUGACAGAAGGUGGAGACUGUUGACAUACGAGUGUCUAGGUGGGCUCAAACACAGCCUGCUGCCAAGGAGCCCUGCCCGAGGAUAGGCAGAUGUGCCUGGAAAAGGAGAUACUGUUUUUAAUAGAGAGAGAAAUUUGUAAUGAGAUUAUGGCUUCAGAAGAAGAUUUGGCACUGUAUGUCCACCAUAGUAGAAGCCAGCUGAAGACGGUUACCUGGGUUGACGUCAUCAAACCCCACCGUUACAUCGUGGAGCACCAAAUUCAGCUCAGGAUGCUGAGGUGAAGACAAAGGGAAAGGGCCUGACUAAGGGGUUCCCAAGGAGUGCUCUUCCUUCCUGUCAUCCUUUCCCAUGCUCUUGAGUUAUCAGGGCUGUAGAAAAUUCCAGAGCCUGCUGUGAGCUGGGCAGAGAGCUGGUCAUUCCAGUGAGCUCUGACCCUCUUUGCUGUGGAAACUCCUAGUUCCACGAGGCUGCUGUGACUUGAGUACUACUGUGGAAACAGAAGUUGAAGAAUGUGAUGCUUCUAUUCCGGCUGCUGCCAUUCAUUAUAUCCAUGUGUUUCUCCAUGGUUUGUGUGUCCUCGCUCGAUGGUUAGAGCUGUGGAAAUUGCUUUCAGCUUGACAGGUUGGCCUCAAACUCCCAACAGAAGAUAAAUGUAUAACCACCAUCUUGUUUCCAUUCUUUAAGCUCCACACAUGGGCUUCCUAGUCUUGGAUAACUUCAGUCAAAUGGUGAGGUCAUUGUUGGUCUGCAGCUGUAAGUUUCAGUUCCUGACAGGCUUCCUUUAUAAUCAUGGAGACUAUUUAUUCGGGGAGCUUUUCUUUUAAAGGGCCAAAUUGCCCUACAGAUAAAUGAGCUUCACUGCAGUGUAGAAAUUCUUGUCCAAAUGUUGCCAAAUACUGACUUCAUAAGGGGAAUAUCAAGCUGCUGUUUAUUAAUCUGAAUGUCUUAAAAGCAUUCCUGCUUGCUCUCUCUGUUAUAGAUGGUGUCUCAGCCAGUCUCAAGUUUUUCCAAUGAACUGAUUUUAAUAUAUGGUAUUUUUGUAUGCCAAACUGGUGUCUUGUCCUUUGUAUAUGUGGUAAUGUUCAUUUUACGACUAUUGUUAAAACACAUUUGCUAUGAUUAAAAUUCAACAUGAU